UCUUAAUCAACUCCGACCUUCGCCCUCCCUUCCUCUCUCUCUCUCUCUCUCCCCCCAUUUUUAUCUUUGUCAACUUUCCAUCCCCCCGUUUCUCUUUCUCUUUCCAUUCCUCAUUCCUUUCGUCUUUCCUCCCCCUCCCACCAUCACUUCCCUCCUUUACACUGCCCUGAGCUCCCCAUCUUCCCCAACACCCAUCAUGAAGGGCAUCCUCGGCCUUUCCGUGCUUCCGCUGCUGGCGGCUGCAUCGCCUGUCUUUGUUGAUUCCAUCCACAAUGGCGCCGCUCCCAUCCUGUCUGCAUCCAACGCAAAGGAGCUCCCCGAUUCAUACAUUAUUGUGUUCAAGAAGCACGUCACGUCGGUCUCGGCCGCCGCUCACCACAGCUGGGUGCAGGACAUCCAUGCCUCUCAGAUUGGGCGGACCGAGCUCAAGAAGCGGUCGAUCUUUGAUUUUGGCGAAGAUGCCUACCUCGGUCUCAAGAACACCUUCGAUAUCGCUGGCUCCGUGAUUGGAUACAGCGGCCACUUCCACGAGGAUGUCAUCGAGCAGGUCCGCAUGCAUCCUGAUGUCGCUUACAUCGAGCGAGACUCGGAGGUUCACACCAUGGAGGAGACCACCGAGAAGAACGCACCCUGGGGCUUGGCCCGUAUCUCCCACCGUGAUAGCCUCACUUUUGGCACGUUUAACAAGUACCUGUUUGACUCCGAGGGUGGUGAGGGUGUUGAUGCCUACACAAUUGACACCGGCAUCAAUGUUGACCAUGAUGACUUUGAGGGUCGUGCCACUUGGGGUAAGACCAUCCCUAACAACGAUGAGGACCUUGACGGCAAUGGUCACGGAACUCACUGCUCUGGUACUAUUGCUGGUAAGAAGUACGGUGUGGCUAAGAAGGCCAACCUUUAUGCCGUCAAGGUCUUGAGAUCCAGCGGCUCUGGCACCAUGUCCGACGUUGUUCAGGGUGUCGAGUGGGCUGUCCAGUCUCACCUCAAGAAGGCCAAGGAUGCUAAGGACGGCAAGGUCAAGGGUUUCAAGGGUAGCGUUGCCAACAUGAGUCUGGGUGGUGGCAAGUCCAAGACCCUCGAGGAUGCUGUCAACGCUGGUGUUGAGGCCGGUCUCCACUUUGCUGUUGCCGCCGGUAAUGACAACGCUGACGCCUGCAACUACUCCCCUGCUGCUGCUGAGAAUGCCAUCACUGUCGGUGCCUCGACCCUGGCCGAUGAGCGUGCUUACUUCUCCAACUAUGGCAAGUGCACUGACAUUUUCGCUCCGGGUCUCAACAUUCUCUCCACCUGGAUUGGUAGCAAGCACGCCACCAACACCAUCUCUGGGACCUCCAUGGCUUCUCCUCACAUUUGUGGUCUUUUGGCCUACUUCGUCUCGCUCCAGCCUAGCUCGGACUCUGCUUUCGCCGCUGGCGAGCUCACCCCUGCCAAGCUCAAGAAGGAUCUGAUCUCCAUCGCCACUAAGGGUGCUCUUACUGAUAUGCCUGAGGAUACCCCCAACCUCCUCGCCUGGAACGGCGGUGGCUCCAACAACUACACCGAGAUUGUGGCCGACGGUGGCUACAAGGUCUCGACUAUCAAGGACCGCUUUGAGAACUUGGUUGACAAGGCUGAGAAGAUGCUCUCCGAGGAACUCGGGGCUAUCUACAGCGAACUCCAGGACGCUGUCAUUGCAUAGAUUUAUUGUUUUGUUUCACAGACCUAGUUAACGUGUUUUGGCAUCAAGACAGCUUGAGAUCAAGACAAGACAGGUCGGACAUUGGCGCUGGUCUUUUUAGUUGGUUGCUUUUGGAGAUGUUGUUGCAUUGACUGUGUCAAUUGUACCAUCCUGAUGUUUCCGCCCGUCUGACCUAUUUUUAUGGUAGUAUACAUGUCCGUAAAGAACACUUGACGUUAUGAUUUAGAAUCUUGGUGCUAUUAACAAAUUGUCAAUCUGAUGCGAUUAUUAGAG